AUCAAGCGAAUCAACUACCAUCUUUAAGAACUUCAAUCGAUUUCAAAGUGUUCUUUUUCUCCAAUUUCCAACUAGAAGAAAAUGGCUGACAACUCCCAGAAGAUGAGCUACCAAGCUGGAGAGGCCAAGGGCCAAGCUCAGGAGAAGGCCAGUGGAAUGAUGGACAAGGCUAACAAUGCCGCCCAAUCUGCCAAGGAAACAAUGCAGGAUGCUGGCCAGAACAUGCAGGCCAAGGCACAGGGAGCUGCCGAUGCAGUCAAGAACGCCACCGGCAUGAACAAAUGAAGUGUUUUCGCAUUUAGUUCUUGAACUUUUUGGGUUUUAGGGAACUUUGGAGCCUCUCCUUAGACAGCUUUUUUAGUGAUUUGUUUUAAUUUCUUGUUUGCAACAAAGGGAGCUUUAGCCCCUCGGCGUCUCAGUUGCUUGGAAGUUGUCGAGCUCUCAGUUGGGUGUGUGCUUCGCACUUGUUCGGUUUUCGUUUCUUUUUUCUUUUGUUAAUGUUUGCCUCUCCUUUGAAGAACGUAGAGUGGCUCCGUUCGUUGUAGUUCUCACCCAGUUAAUUCAUGAACUUUUCAUCAUUAUGUGAUGGUUUUUUAAAAUUA